UCGUUUUACAUAUUGCCCUUGUCUCUAGAUCACGGAGAACAUGAGCUCUCACGACCGGUAUCAAUCGCCACUUACGUCGCGCUAUGCGUCGCCGGAGAUGGCAUACAACUUCUCUGACGAUAAAAAGUUUGGCACAUGGCGUAGGCUUUGGUUGACCCUCGCCAAUGCCGAGAAGCAGCUUGGUCUGAAGGAUAUCACCGACGAAGCUUUGAAAGAGAUGGAAGAAAACUUGACCAAUAUCGACUAUACGAUGGCUGCAGCGGAGGAGAAGCGAAGGCGCCACGAUGUCAUGGCUCACGUUCACACUUUUGGUGUGGCCGCCCCAAAGGCCGCAGGUAUCAUUCACUUGGGUGCAACUUCUUGCUAUGUCACCGACAACUCGGAGCUCAUUAUGAUGCGGGAUGGACUCGAUAUUCUUCUUCCGAAAUUGGCGAGCGCCAUUGACAAGCUGGCCAGCUUUGCCCGGCAGUACAAGGACUUGCCCACGCUUGGCUUCACCCAUUUCCAGCCGGCUCAGUUGACGACAGUCGGCAAACGUGCUUCAUUGUGGUUGCAGGAUCUCUUGAUGGAUCUACGCAACAUUUCGCGUGCUCGCUUGGAUAUGAGGUUCCGUGGAGUUAAGGGCACCACCGGAACACAGGCGUCGUUCCUCACGUUGUUCGAUGGAGACCAUGACAAGGUGGAAGAGCUCGAUCGCUUGGUUACCGAAAUGUCUGGAUUUCCCUCCGCAUAUGCUGUAACGGGACAAACUUACAGUCGUAAGGUUGAUCUCGAUGUAUUGAAUUCCUUAUCAUCGUUUGGUGCAACAGCGCAUAAAAUCGCCACCGAUAUUCGUCUCUUGGCUCAUUUGAAGGAACUUGAAGAGCCAUUCGAGAAGGACCAGAUCGGAUCUUCUGCCAUGGCAUACAAGCGGAAUCCCAUGCGCUCAGAACGUGUGUGUUCCUUGGCGCGCCACCUGAUGACCCUUGUUGGGAACACGCACAAUACCGCCGCCGUACAGUGGCUCGAACGAACACUCGAUGACUCAGCCAAUCGUCGUGUGAGCAUUCCGGAGGCAUUCCUCACAGCUGAUAUUCUUCUCUCUCUGCUGCAAAACAUUUUCUCGGGGAUGGUCGUAUAUCCCAAGGUCAUUGGUCGGCGCAUUGCCCAGGAGCUUCCCUUCAUGGCAACGGAGAAUGUGAUUAUGGCUAUGGUGAAGGCCGGAGGAGACAGGCAGGUCUGUCACGAAGAGAUCCGAGUUCUCAGUCACCAGGCGGCCAGAAAGGUCAAAGAAGAGGGCGGCGAGAACGACCUCAUUGAGAGGAUUCGCGCCGCUCCUUACUUCCAGCCUAUCGUCGGCCAAUUGGACUCGCUUCUGGAUCCCAAGACCUUCAUCGGACGUGCACCGCAGCAGGUUGAGCGGUUCUUGACCUUGGAGGUGGAGCCCGCUUUGAAACCUUUUGCGGAUGUGUUGGCCAAGGGCGUUAAGGAAGUUGAACUGUCUGUCUAAGACUAGCGAACAUUCAUAUUUUCAUUGUUUAUAGAAGUACAACUGGUUUUUCAUCUCAUAA